AGUCGUCCUCAUUGCUGCAUGUUGUAGCCUCAGCGUCGAGAGUAUAUCGGACUGUAGGCUAUUUCGGGACGAGUUUUCCUACGCGAAAACCUUGAUCUAUUUGUGGUUACAUUCAUGUUACGUUCACGUACAACGACAGUCAUUCCCUAUCCGACCGAAUCCCCAUCACGUUGUACUGAUUGCCUGCAUGUCUUGACACAUUCGUUUGCUUGCUUGGUGGAACAACAACAGAUCGAUGCGUUGGGGUUGGGUCACGUGAAAUCACGUGGUUUAUGGCGGCGCUGUGAGAGCAGUCGACGCGACUUUCUGUUGAGGAGCGGGCUACGCUCUGAUUUGAACGUGACAGCAAUCCAUUGUCAGGGAACUGAGGAGUGAUAGUGGUGGAAAGUCUACUGUGACAUUGCAUCAUGGGUAAUUUUGGUGGCCAUACCCUACCAGGGUCGUUCUUCAUCAUCUUCGCCUUGUGGUACUUUGUCCGUCUGUUCCAGUUGUACUACAGCAGUAGGCAGAGAAAUGCCCGUUUCACUUCCAGGAUAAUGAUGACCUGCCCAUGUUUGUGUGGCCGCUUUAAGGAUCUACCUGUUGAAGCCUUUGUGAAAAUAUUCCUGAUCUCUAUUGGAUUUGGCUUGGAAAUAUACACCGGAAUGUCUCAUGGAAAAUUUGUAGCUGUUGGAAAUGGGCAGCAUGCAACAAUGUUUUUCUUUUUUGGCCUAACAGGCGUUGUUGACAUUCUCCAAUAUUACCGUGCUCCAAUGCCUCCAGAUACAGAUUACAUAAGCUAUGUUAUUGCCCUUACCAUUGAGGGAAUACUGUUCAAAUUUCAUCUCCAUGGAAGAACAGAGUUGGAUGUGUUGGUUCAUACUUUCUUGCUCUAUGUAAUUUUUAUAGGCGUCAUAAGUGUCCUCGUUGAGAUGCGUUACAGGCAUAAUAUAUUGGCACCACUGGCGCGAACAUAUUUCCUCCUCCUUCAAGGAACAUGGUUUUGGCAGAUUGCGUUUAUUCUGUUCAAUCCCAUAGAAGGUGCAUCACCAUGGAAACAGGAUGACCAUCAACAUAUGAUGAUAGCAACGUUGUAUUUUACAUGGCACUGUGGAGUCAAUUUUGUGCUUGUGCUUCUGAUUGGGGCAGUUAUCGCUUGCUGUUAUGGUCGAGGAAACGGGGGGCACCGCGAGGAAGAUGAGAUGAGCAUGAAGAGGCUGAUCCAUACUGGUGCCAAUGGACAGACAUUGGUCAGCUUGAAUGACGAAAGUGAUAGUGAUGUUGAAUUUCAGAAACCUGUCACCAAAUAGCAAUGGCAGCACCAUCCACUUGUCCAUGUUUAACUAAAACAAAUUUUGUAAAUAUGCCAGUGCAAGUUUGGUGAUAUGAUAUGUUGAUUCCCAUGAUUUGAAAUUAAAUGUGAUGAUGUAGUGACAUAAAAAUAACAAAAAUGGCAAUUAAAUUGGAAAUUAUUAUUUGAUCAGCACUAUUCUCAUCUAGACUACUGGUAUUUAGAUGGACUAGUACUAGCUUGAAUGAUGCGUCGUAUGAAUUCUCUGGCUUUGAUAACCAACUGUCUAGUGCAUACCUCAAUCUUCAUGCUUUCAAAUUUGUUUUGAGUUACCUUGCAUCAUGAUACUUGUUUGCACUUCAGCAACUUUAAGUCUAUAUUCAGAGACAUUUCUUCUGUAAGAACUUUUAAUGUAAAUAUGAACUCAAAAUAAUUUGAAGAAACAUGUAAACACAGCUAGAAGUAAUGCUUAACAUGCAUUUUAAGUUAAAUGGGUUGAAACUACCAGUAAUUACCUUUUCAUUCUUCCAAGAGGGUUACCAAGAUUUAAAUACUUACGAUAAUGAUGAAGUUCAGUGUUUAAUUCUCCCUGUACCCUUUGACCUUAACGCUAGAAUAUAGGUAAAAGUGGUAUACACCAUACUCACUCAGUAGCUCCUUGCUGGCCAGUAUCAAAUCAAAGGCAGUUUACCUGUGUUUUAUACCUGUGAUUUGUACAAUACCUGUAUUUGAUAGGUGCUGGUCAAUUUAAAAUGCUCUUCAUGAUCUCAAAACUACCUCGGUACUGUUGCAAUAAGUGUACAACUAUUUCAACAGUAUUGUGAUAGUAUGAUAACUACCUUUGCUUGCUCACAAUACUGAUAUGUUAUAUUCAACAAGACCACAAUAACACAAGAACAAAGCCCCAGCAUAAGCAAAGGUUUCAUGACAUCAAGGGUACUUCUGAAUAUUGUUAUAAAUUAGUAUAUUAUUAAUAUUAUUAUGAUUAAUAAUAAAUAAUAAUAAUUAUAAAUAUAUUACAUGUGGAUACCCACAUGUCUCUUCUGUAAUGUGUAUUUUGGAUAGAAGCAACAUUUAGAUUUAAUUAUCGCCAGUAUUUUUUUGUAUUUUUUCUUCAGUUAAAACCAUCAAUAGUAUCGCACAUCAUCAAUGUUGACUGUUCAGGGAUUUAUCUAGAUCUGCUCAGAGGCCGAUAUUCCACCCCAUGUCAGCAGCAAAUGUCUAAAAAUUCUCAAAUUUUAAUUUGAUAAUUUUCCAAUUUAUCAGGUUCAUGUUAAUAAUAUUAUCAUCAUAACUACUCCUGUGACUUCGUAGAGACCGAGGUGACAUGUUUUU